UUAGACACAUGCAGUUCAGUUGAUCCAGUAAUGCCUUUCACUUUUCAUAAAUAUCAUCACAAUAUCUUUUUUGACAUUUCUGUAGAAAGAAUUUACAAUUACUACCCAUCCCUAACUAUGAAGGCCUAUGUGGUCUUUACUAUUAAAUUAUAACUUGGUAUUUCUUUUUUAUUUAAACCAUCCAUUCGUCCAUUCAUUAUCUAUAACUGCUGAUUAUUUAUAGAGGUUUAUGUCUGUUGUUGCGCACCUAGUCACCAAAGCAAAUUCCUUGUUUGUGUAAAAACUGCGUGGUAUUAAAACUGUGAUUAUGUUGCGUCUCCACCGGGUUUUUAUUUUUGAAAGGCUUCAGCGGAAGCGAUGCGUUUGAUAUCUGCAGCCUUGACGCCGGCACCGGUGGUGGGAUGAGAGAGAGGCAGCAGCGUGGGGGGGGGGGCUGACUGGAGGAGGAGUCUGUCCCAGGCUGCAUCUGGCCCAGCUCCCCUCUCUGCCACCCCGGGCCAAACCCGCCCAGCUCCUCUCACUCAUUCUCCGCCUGUUCUCCCGCACGGCUCGGCUCGGAUACACGCAGCAGCACUCUCUCACUCAUAACGCACAGCGAGGACACGGAAUGGAGACGGAAGGGAGCCAGAGCAGCCUGUCCACCACGGACUCCCCACACGACCCCUGCAAAAUGUUCAUAGGUGGACUCAGCUGGCAAACAACACAAGAGGGUUUGAAGGAGUACUUCUGCAAGUACGGCGAGGUGAAGGAGUGUAUGGUGAUGCGAGAUCCGGUUACUAAGCGCUCGAGAGGGUUUGGAUUCGUCACCUUUGUUGAUCAGGCCGGCGUGGAUAAAGUUUUGGCCCAAACCAGGCAUGAGUUGGACUCCAAAACAAUCGAUCCAAAGGUUGCAUUCCCUCGCAGAGCUCAGCCCAAGUUAGUGACUCGAACCAAGAAGAUCUUUGUUGGAGGCCUUUCAGUGAACACAACCAUCGAGGACGUGAAACAGUACUUUGACCAGUUUGGGAAGGUCGACGAUGCCAUGCUCAUGUUCGACAAGACCACCAACCGGCACAGAGGGUUUGGCUUUGUGACGUUCGAGAACGAGGAUGUGGUGGAGAAAGUCUGCGAGAUCCACUUCCAUGAGAUCAACAACAAAAUGGUGGAGUGCAAGAAAGCUCAGCCCAAGGAGGUGAUGUCCCCCACGGGCUCAGCCAGGGGGCGCUCUCGUGUGAUGCCCUAUGGAAUGGACGCCUUCAUGCUGGGAAUUGGUAUGCUGGGUUAUCCAGGCUUCCAGACAGCAACCUACACUAGUCGGAGCUAUGCUGGCAUCACUCCUGGAUAUACCUACCAGUUCCCUGAGUUCCACUUAGAGAGGACUCCCCUUCUGACUUCACCCCACCCCCCUGAGCUCACAGCCAUUCCUCUCACAGCAUAUGGACCAAUGGCAGCGGCAGCGGCAGCAGCAGCAGUAGUUAGAGGCUCCAACCGGGGCUCAGCUGGAUUUUUAGGUACAAGCAGCCCGGGCCCGAUGGCAGACCUGUAUGGCGCAGCCAGUCAAGAGUCGGCGGUCAGCAGUUACCUCAGCGCUGCCAGCCCCGCCCCAAGCACUGGAUUCAGCCAUAGUUUGGGGUUUGUACUCCCACAGGGCCCUUUGAUCGCCACGGCCUUCACUAACGGCUACCACUGAGAGUUGCAGAGCUGUAGACUGAGAGCUGGAAGGAGUUGAAGCUGCUUUGGAGCUGAUCUGGCCUGUCUCGGUCCAGUCCACCUCUCUGGCUGGGGCAGCUGAACCCCUCCACCCUGGUGUCAGCCUGAACCCAGCCAACCCUACUGACGCCUCACUAAACUCCACCUCCUGAGAAAAUAAAAGAAGAAGAAAAAAACGUCAUGAAAGGAGUGAAAAUGGUUAUCACUACAUGUAAUAGCAACACAUAAAGAUGCUGUAUUUUUAGUGUUUUGUUUUUUUAUGUUGUUAUGUUUCACCUUGCUGUUUUUUUUUUUUUUGUGAUGGCUGCGUUGUUUCUUUAUCUGUUUUGACUGUGUUUUAUUGGGUUAUUUGACCUCAGAACCUGAUCUCUCUGAGAAAAGAGGAGAAAAAAAAUCUCCAAGUGAAGCUUGUUUGAAGGUCAGGAGCUGUACUUUGUACUGGAAAACUGUAUAUUUGUCACUAGUUCAUACUGAAUUUUA